AAGUAGAAGAUUGGGCGCUAGAAUGGGGAUUUCGAAUUUCAAGUUCAAAAUCUAAAUUUGUUAACUUUACUAAUAGGAAGGUAGGCACUAAUAUAAAAUUAAAAAUGUAUGAUAAAAAAGUAGAAAGGGUAGAUAAAUUCAAAUAUUUAGGUUUAUGGUUUGAUAAAAAGCUUACAUGGAAAAUACAUAUUAGUAAAAUAAUAGAGAGAAGUAAAAAAAUAUUAAAUAUCAUGAGGUGUUUAAGAGGUAAAGAAUGGGGAGCAGGUAGGAAAACUUUGAAAAUAUUAUAUAUUGGACUUAUUAGAUCGAAAAUAGAUUAUGGAUGUGUGGUAUAUAAUUCUGCCUCAAGUAACCUAUUAAAAGAAAUAGAUAAAAUACAGUAUCAAGCGUUAAGAAUUUGCUGUGGGGCAAUGAAGACAACACCAGUGUCAGCACUACAGGUAGAAAUGGGGGAAAUGCCAUUGGAGCUAAGAAGGAAACAAUUAGGAGUAGGGUUUUGGGCAAACGUAAAAGGGCAUAAAAAAAGUUAUCCUAUAAAUAAUAUAUUACAACCAUGCCAAGAAAGUGUUAAGAAUGUAAAUGUAAAUAGUUUUGGAUGGAUAAUAAAUAAAGAAAUAAAGGAAAUAGGAUUAAAUCAAUGUUUAAUUAGCCCGGUGGUGGAUUUUUCAUGUAAUCCGCCUUGGAUACAAAAAGAGAUGAAAGUUGAUUUAACAUUGUUGGAAGAAGGAAGACAAACAGUAGAAGGAGAGGUGGAAAGAUACAUAAGAAGGGUAUAUGGAGAAUACUUACAAAUAUACACAGAUGCAUCAAAAAUGGUAAAUGAUAGAGUAGGGAUAGCAUUUAUAAUUCCAGAUUUAAACAUCAUGGAAAAUAAAAGAUUAACGGAUAGUUUGAAUGUAUACACAGGAGAGUUACUGGCUAUUUCAAUGGCGUUAAAAUGGAGUGAAGAAUUAAGUGAAAAGAAAGUGUUAAUUUGUUCUGAUUCGAGUAGUGCAUUAAUAAGUAUUAUGGAACAAGAGUCGGAAGCAAGACAAGGCAUUCUAAUAGAUAUAAAUAAAUCAAUACAUAAAAUGGGAAUAAAUGGAUCUACUGUUAAAUUUAUUUGGAUUCCGGCUCAUACCGGAAUAGUUGGAAAUGAAUUAGCAGAUACAUUUGCAAAGAGUGCGAGUAAGAGAAGUGAAAUUGAAUUGGAAGUUAAGUAUAGUAAAAAUGAGAUAAAGAGUAUAAGUAAAAUAUAUUACAAGAAGAAGUGGCAGGAACAAUGGGAGGGUGAAAAGAAGGCAAGGUUUUAUUAUAGUAUUCAAAAAAAAGUGGGGGAGUGUAGAAAGAAAAAUAGGAAUAAACAAGAGGAAGAUAUUAUAUCUAGGUUAAGAUUUGGACAUGUAGGGUUAAAUAGUACUUUGAAAAUAAUAAAUAAACAUAGUACGGGGUUAUGUAAUUUUUGUGGAAAGUUGGAAACAGUUAUACAUAUUUUUAUGGAAUGUAAUAAAUAUAAUCUAGAAAGAGAGGAAUUAGUAGAAGAGUUAAAUAGGAAUAAAGUUAAAUUAAAUAUUAGAGAUCUGCUACAAAAAUCAUCUGGAGAUGUGGUUUUUAAUUCCGUGUUUAGGUUUCUUAGAAAAACAGGUCUAAUAGGGAGAUUAUAGGGAUUAGACAUCUGGUUCAUACUCCAGUCCAGAAGGUGGCGGUAAUGCACCUGAAAGUUGUUUGCCAACCUCCAUAAAAC